AUGGGCAUCGCUUUCAAUUUGUGGCUGGCUUCGACGGUGGAUAGGGAGGCGACCGUCACCGUCGACAAGCCAGCGACUAUCCGUGCGUACUUGGAACCCGACGGUGGAGGAUCUGACACGGAAGAAAUUGAACUGCAGUGCGAGGCUGAUGUUGACCAUCACCUGGUCUACGAGGGUCUAAAACCAGGCACGCUCUACCGGCUGAAGCUCUUCUACGUAGUUCCUGAGCGUUCUACUGUGAGCCGUCUCCUGACGUCGAUGCUAUCUGCUGAGCGUUCUGCACACGCUUCGGACGCAGGCGGCAGCAGUGAGACAGCUGUCAAGGUGAGACGCCAUAAGCCGGCGGCGGGCUCUGUUGGCGACACCUUUGGUCGACGCAAGGUCGUCCGACGACUGACGGCCCAGUCUACCAUGAAGCCUGUUUGGAUUCCCCCGAGAGAAACGACGAAGAAUGAGGUGCGCACUCUCCCGCCUGAUUGGGCCUCCACAGAGUCUCUAUAA